CAACGACCUUGUCUCUUCCUCGACGACCAAUCGACGACCUUUAUUUUUAUUUAAAUCAGCUCGCUUCAAAUUACUGCCUUCGAUCAUCUGAGGCAGUUAUGAGUACUUGUAUGGAGAAUACAGACUGGGACUUCGUCUUGCAGUUCGUCUCAGAGCCUUUGGAGAUGGAAUUAUCUCGUGCGCCUGAAAGGCCCGUCGCGGAACGUACUCAUUCGGCGGUACCUAUGCAAGUACCAACUCCGCCCGAUUCUUUCACAUCAUCUCCGGUUGACCCACCAUCCGAGGAAGACACACUUGUCUCUGUCUCCACAACAUUUUUUCCCGGAGCACAGAUCCACUCGGUCCCACCAGACAUUGUGCUGCUAUCAUCCGACUCUGUAUUCUUUUAUGUCCACACACAUGCGCUGCUCGGGGUUUCUGAAAAUAACUUCGGCGGUCUGCUACCACCUUCCUCCAAGGUGACAUCAGGCCAGCUAGGCCCAGUCUUGGUGAUUCCAGAAUCUUCUACCAUUCUCAACAUCGUACUUCACGCCGUAUACGACAUGGCAUGUUCCCAUUAUUCUCCUUCAUUCGAGUCCCUUGCAGAAGCGUUGUCGGCUCUAGCAUCUUAUGGCGUUUCUGUGAAGCGUCACGCCGGCCCUUCUACAGCCCUACACUCACUGCUUCUCUCGCAUGCUCCUCUUUACCCCUUGGAACUCUAUACGCUGGCUGCCACAUACGACCUCUAUGAGCUCGCUGUUCCAACUUCAUCUCACUUGCUCUCCUUCUCCUUGGCGUCCUUGACAGAUGACAUGGCCGACAGGAUUGGCGCAGUAUAUUUGAAACGACUAUUUUUUCUCCACUUUGGCCGUGCGGAUGCUCUGAAACGUCUCCUCCUACCACCACCUCAUCCACAUCCCUCUACUAAUGAUUGCGACUUCACCGAGCAAAAGAGGCUCACAAGAGCCUGGGCUCUUGCAUCUGCAUACCUCGCUUGGGAUGCCAGGCCGGACUUGUCCACAAACGCAAUUGAGUCCGCUUUGGCGCCUUUAGGUGAUCAGCUAUUAUGCGGGCACUGUCGAAAAGCACUUCGAGACCGACUGAAGACGUUAAUUGUACAGUGGUCAGCAGUCAAGAACUGCAGAGGACAAUUUAAAACGUGAAAUAACCUCAUCCGGAAGGGAUGUCUCCCAUUCCGGCCUACAUACCCCAGGAAAGGGCGCGCACUUCUUCAAUUCCCCCGUUGGACUGUAUCAUCCAUGAUCCCCUUCAUUUCACUGCAUUAAUUUCACAG